GGAGUUAUAAGAUUUUGAAUGAAUUUAUAAAAAAAUAAAAAAAAUACAUUAAAUAAAUAAAUCCUAAACAAUUUUUAAAACUAAAACACCGUAUGAUUACGAAUCUACGAUGCUUGGCUCUUGAUUUCUAUGGUGGAAAAUGCAAUGCUUCUAAAACAAGAAGAAAGUUCCCAUCUUUCUCCCUCUAUCGACUUGUAGCUCUGUGCUCUGCUUCACCUUCUCCAAACAAGAGAGAGAAAGAGGGAAAGACUGCAGCGCACACUAGCGCCAGGCCAUUCUUUUCUUCUCUGGUUCGGUUUCAUGAAUUCUGCUCUCUCUACUCUCUCUUUCCUCGAAGGUCGCUUCGUUCACACGGCAUCCGAUUAGAGAGAGAGAGAGAGAGAGAACGAUUGGAUUCGAGCAAUCUUUCUCUUUCUAACUCUGGCGGACCUCAAAGGAACCCUAGCGUUCAUUGUUGCUUCAAUCUCUACUCGUUUAGCGGAUCGUUUUGACUUUAAAUCGAAAAAGAAGAAGAGAAGAGGGGUUUACCGUGUGAAGAUGCUUUGGAUUAUGAGAUUGUCCUGGUUUUUCUUCGCUGCAAUGGUGAUGGUUGUUUUCUCUCCAUCUCUUCAUUCAUUUCCACCGGCUGAAGCCAUUAGAUCAUCUAAUCUUCGGUUUUCAAGUCAGAUUACAGCCGUUGAUUCCCUCAAUCGAUUGUCUUUCAGGAAGGCAACUGCAUUCCGUAAUGCAGAGGAAUGCAGUUCCAAUGACCGCAAAAUAUUGGGGAAAACAGAUGUCUGCGAUCCCUCUCUCGUUCACGUCGCGAUUACUCUCGAUGUCGAGUACCUUCGAGGUUCAAUCGCUGCCGUCCAUUCGAUUCUUCGGCAUUCUUUGUGUUCCGAGAACAUAUUCUUUCACUUUCUCGUUUCAGAGACCAAUCUCGAAACCCUAGUCCGAUCCACUUUCCCUCAAUUAAAGUUCAAAGUCUAUUACUUCGAUCCGGAGAUUGUGCGGAGCCUGAUCUCGACUUCGGUUAGGCAAGCACUAGAACAGCCUCUAAAUUACGCAAGGAAUUACUUAGCCGAUCUACUCGAGACCUGUGUUCGCAGAGUUAUAUACUUGGACUCUGAUCUCGUAGUCGUCGACGAUAUCUGGAAGCUAUGGAGUACAAGCUUGGGAGGUAAGACCAUCGGAGCUCCGGAGUACUGUCACGCCAACUUCAGCAAGUAUUUCACGGCGAGUUUUUGGUCUGACAAUCGGUUUUCCGGCACGUUCGCCGGCCGGAGCCCUUGCUACUUCAACACCGGAGUGAUGGUGAUGGAUCUGGAGAAGUGGAGGCGGUUCGGGUACACGAAGCGGAUCGAGAGGUGGAUGCAGAUCCAGAAGAGUGGUCGGAUCUACGAGCUCGGCUCGCUCCCGCCGUUCCUGCUGGUCUUCGCUGGACACGUGGCGGCCAUCGAGCACCGGUGGAAUCAACACGGCUUGGGCGGAGAUAACUUGAGAGGUAGUUGUCGUGACCUACACGCCGGUCCGGUGAGCCUCCUUCACUGGAGCGGGAGUGGCAAGCCGUGGCUCAGGCUCGACUCCAAACAAUCGUGCCCAUUGGACUCUCUUUGGUUACCUUACGACUUGUACGAACACUCACCGUGAAAAUGUAGAUCGGACUUGCCGGUAAAGUUUCUCAGUUACUUUUUUAAUUUUUUUUUUAUUAUGUUCUCAUCACCAUUUUACAAUUGUUUGUUUAUAUUUUUCUCGUAUUUUAUUUAUCUUUCAAUUUUUGAUUUUUCUUCUAUCUUC